CUUUUCUUUUUUAAUUUAAGUAAUCUUGGAUGGGUUCGAGGCUUUGUCGCUUUGAGUCCCAAUGCCAAUUAGAGUGACAUAUUGUCCAAUCGAUACAGUGGUUUCUGUAGCUGGCUCUUCACAAAUCAAUAGAAAUUUAAGGAAAAUUGAAAGAUAAUUUCAUCCAGUUUUGUGUUAGAGAAAUGACUGUUUUUUUUUUUCGAAGAUGAAGAACAUGCUAUACAGGAGUGGAACUUUCUACCAAUGUCCUAGGAGAAGGCUAAAGCUGAUUUCGUGGUCAAUGUGUCAUAUAAUUUGGAGAAUACAUAUGUUCUACGUAUUGGAUGUUGAGAUAGGGGCCAAGGGAGUCUGCUGAUAAUUAUUAUUUGGUUAGUUGGCGGCAUACUUAAAUAAUACUGUUGCUCAAAGAGUAAUGAGGUAUCCCUAUUUUAUAUUAUACUCUCUUACUAGUAGCUGUUAACCUGUUUCACUAACUAAAUAAAUUAUGGCAGUUCCCAUACAGAUAAAAUAAACAAAUCUCUAUCUUUGUCUGAAUGUCAGCACCUAGUAUUAUUAGCAUUUGAAUACAAGUAUUUGAUGGGAAUGUGAAGACCACCUUCAGGUAAAAAGGGGAAAGUUCGUUAUUGGUGGCCAUAACAUGACAAAUUCUUACCCAACUAGCCCUCAUUACUCUCAAUCUGCCAGUUUUAAACGCAUUUAUCUUAAUUCUUAACCUUGUAAUCUGGAACAUAUAGGAGGGAUUAUAAUAAAUAAUUGUUCUAUUUAUUUAUACUUUGGAUGUAUUAGAGUAUGUGUUGAAAAGUGAUUAGUUAGGAUAAGUUACAAGGUAUUAAUAUAUCUAUGUUGACCAAGCUGUGUAAUAUAAUUAGCCCAUUAGGCCAACAAGUCUCUUCCUUUAAAUCAUUCAUCACAAUUAUCAGAGGAAAAAUCUCAGGAGCAACAGCAUGGAGAAAAGUGAUCAAAAGCAGACUCUGUUAAAUGUCGCUAAGCUUAAGCUUCCGUCGGUGGUGGUGGUGAAUGCAAAUUUGGGAUGCACACAUUGCAGGCAUAGAAUAUCUCAAGUCAUCUCAAAGAUAUCAGGGUUGAGGGAGUAUACAAUAGAUGUUGGGAGAAAGCAAGUGAUUGUUAGAGGAGAUAUUAGAAAUCAUCACCAGGAAAAACAUGGUGGAGUAAAGAGCCAUAUGAUCAACGAGAACCAUAGCCGGAUUUUCGCCUUCUUUUUUAGUUUACUGAGCUUUCGUUGGAUGACUACAAAGAAGAUGGCUGAUUAAUCGAAUGAACAAAGAGUUUGACUUAUCUUAACAAGAACUCGAAUACAUAUUCUUUUAAGUGUUUAUUUGUUGGGAAUCUUGUGUUUCCAUUUGAAUACUAUGAUUUUCUCCUUUUGUUUUCAUGUAUAAAAAACCAGUUUCUUUAUAUUCUGCCCCCCUUAUCUUUAAACA